AUCGCCUGUCACUCAACCAAUGAAAACAAACAGGAGGAGGUGUGCGCUCAGGCGACGGACAAAUUUUUAAUGGAUUUAUACCGUGGGAACGCACGAGGCAGACCAAACCGACCAGCGCUCAGGAAAGAACAAGCAUCCGUUUCCUAAUACUCUUUUACAAAUUUCGUUUUCCGCUGAGGAAAAAUGAAGCGCAGUCUGAGCGACAGUGACAGCGAGAGUUUAUUCGAUGACGAUUUGAAAUCAAGCGGGUCUCCUUCUCAGAGCUGCCAUGUUACAGACAGGAAGAAAAGACGUGGGGUUAUUGAAAAGCGUCGGCGUGACAGAAUCAACAAUAGCUUAUCCGAACUGCGUCGCCUUGUUCCGUCCGCGUUUGAAAAGCAGGGAUCAGCAAAACUGGAGAAGGCUGAAAUCUUGCAGAUGACCGUUGACCACCUGAAAAUGCUCCACCAAAAAGGCCUUAAUGGGUACAACUACCCAGACCCCCACAACCUCGCUGUGGAUUAUAGAGGCGUGGGUUACCGAGAGUGUGCGUCAGAGGUUGCGCGUUACCUCGUCGCGGUGGAAGGAAUGGAUUUACAGGAUCCAAUGAGAAUGAGGCUGCUGAGUCAUCUCCAGUGUUUCUCUGCUCAGAGAGAGGCUGCAGCCAAAGCCACGAUUCAGAAUACAACAUGGAGUAGCAUGACACCACAUGCACCAAUCACCAAUCAGUAUGGCGGCGGAAGUAGUAUGCAGUCAAUGGGAUCUAUGAUUUCGUCACAGCAGAACAACCAAUCAGAGCUGGCAAUGAGUACUCAUUCAUCUCAUCAAGGCAUUUCAUCAGUGUCCUUCAGUGAAGCCCGGAUUAGCCAACCGGAGUCCCUUCAUGGAAACCUCCGGCUUCCCUCCAGUAUGAACAUGCCUCUUCAUGGACAAAUGUCUAGUAUGAACAACGCUGCUGGGCAGCAAGUGUCUCCAUCUUUGAUUCCACAAUUACACGGACAGUUUCCAGUGUCUUUAAACUCAAUGCAAAGCAUGAUGUCACAAAAUGGCUCGAACAAUUACAACAACAACUCUGUGAAACCGUACAGACCGUGGGGGAGUGAACUAGCAUAUUGAUCUAUCGCUUUGUGUUAAACUUUCAAGUGAAUCACACCUUACAGGAAAAUAAAUUACGAGAAAAAAUAUUUUGUGAUGCAACACAGCUGAAACCAUUCCAUGGAUGUUGUUGGAUAUAUUUUAUCGUGUUAACUAUGAAUGCUUUACUAUGAUUACUGAAAAUGUCGAAUUUGAUUCCUUCUAUAUUUGUAUAACGUGUUAUUAACACAACGAAGUGCUUCUUAACAUUUGUUUAAUUAUAAUGGCCUUAGAUUGAAAUACUUACUGAUUUAUAUAUUCUUAAUAUUCAACUUAACAAAUGUAAUUGGCACUAUAUGUUUUGAAAGCCUACAAAGAAAUUUAUAAUCAUAUGUACUCCAUACCGAAAAAGAUUUCCAUUGUCAUAAGAUAAGUUUAACUCUCAUAGUACGGAAUCUAACAAUCAUUCUUUAAUUCGGGAUGUUGCAUAGGUUUUAUGUUGAUAAUAUAUCAGUACAUUUGUUAGAAUAAUAUUAAUAGUAUGACAUAAAAAAAAUGUUUUCAAAUGUGCUUUAAAUAUUUUGUUGAGAUAUGAUAUUGAUUUAAGCUUUCAUAUUGCAACAUUAUAGUAUAUAUAAAUAUGAAUAAGAUAACUUAUGUCAACAUGACUUUUUCUAUCUUACUUUAGGAUAGCAGUCACGAUAUCAAUACUUUAACGAUAUCUCGAGGAUAACUCUCCAUUUAGUGCCUAGGUUAUAAGUAUGCACAAUUAAUUUAUUUUUUGUAUAUCAAAGUUACAGGUUUACUGUAUUAAAACUGUGCCAUGUCUCGGGUCUUAUGCAAUAACAAUUCUAGUUAAUACUACUUGGCUGGUCUUAAUAAUACCAUAUUUUUAGCAAUUUGUGCUGUGUAAAUACAAAGAGAAGUUUUAACGUUUUUCAUUUUUUAUUUUUUUUUAGAAUUGUACAUUUAUAUGUUGUUAUGUUUGAUCGAUGUCUUUUUUAUUUGCUUCGUGUAGAAAGAUGUAUUGAGUUCCGGACUUUAUAUACAUGUUAUUAAGUACACAUUUGGUGAUACAGUUUUUAUAACUACAUAAUUAUUAAUAGAGUUCUAGUAAAAGUUUAAUGAAGCAUUUUUGGUAUCAAAAAUUUACUCAAGCAUAAAACAUUAUGUAUACUGACGACAUUUUACAACAGUCACGCCCCCUCGUGGUUAUUAUUGAACAUUUCGGUAAAUAUUUUACAACAGUCACGCCACCUCGUGGUUAUUAUUGAACAUUUCAGUAAAUAUUUUAGAAGAUUUGAUCGUUAUUAAUUUUGAGUGUAAUGAUUAAUACCAAAGUAUUAUAUUGUGUAAGUUGUUUUAAUCUGCAUUACAAAAUGAAAUUCACACCCCUGUUGGUUCUGGUAUUACAAACACCAAUGGCCGAAUGUUUGAGAUAAAUAUAUUGCAUAAUAGAGUAUUGCCGUGGCCAUGAAUUUCAUACUUUCAAAAGGUUAAGAAUAGAAACGUGCGCCUUUCAAAUUUAAAACAUUAAUGAAGGUGUUUCUGUAACUUAUCCAAAUUAGUCGAUCAGUAAGGUUAUAAAGUGUUACCAUAUGUAGAGACGACGUACCUGUGCCUUUAAACUAAUAAAUCUAUGCAGCUGAAUUGUACUUUCAAUUUCCAUAUGUGCCUGUAUCUAUAAAAGGUUUGGUAUUCGGCUAAAACUUUGAUCUGAAUUCCAGUGAAUCAAUAUAUUGUCUUGUUUUGCAAUCUAAGUAUUUUGAAACUCAAAGUUAUGCAGUAAGUUCGUUACGCUCAUUUUACUUAACUUUUAUAUAAUACGUCGCUCUAAAAUUAUAUGAAAACGUUAUUUUUGUCAUUAUUUAUUCCUAUGAAAAUAUAAAACUGUCUCAUUAUCAAGUAUACCGGUAUCAGAAUGUUGUUUGUCAUAACUCCAUAACUAAAGUGCUUAAUGUGACGUUUAUAUGAAACAAUGAUUAGCCGCAAAUGAAAACCACUUGUGCAUAAUCUACAAGGCUAUUGUCUAUUAAUAAUUUGUUUUAUUCUGAAAAUGUAUUGUAAAUUACACUGUAC